AUGAUAUACUUAACCUGGUUCCUGAUGGUGGUUCCUCAAAGCUGGGUCUUAUAUUCACGUUUGCACUUAAUAGUGCAACGUCACAAGUUGUUGCGAGGUAUCUGGCUUAUCUUGAUAUUUAACUCUGUUGUUUUCUCGGUGCCGACUAUCAUCAUUGGGACUAUUGCGCAAGCCACAACUAUAAACCCAUCUCUCAAAAGUUUCAACUUAAUAUGGGAUCGGAUUCAACUCACCGUCUACUUCGUCCAAGAAACUAUGCUAAGCAUCCUGUACAUCUACGAGACGCGCAAAUACUUGAGUGCUAAAUCAUUUCUUCACCAACGAAGAACAGCAUCUUCCUCCACCCAUCGCGACACCAACAACAGCGUCUUCUUGCACCUUAUCUACAUGAACCUAAUGGUCAUCAUCCUCGACAUCGUCCUCCUCGGUAUCCAGUACGCCGGUCUAUUCUAUCUCCAAGGCGCCUUCAAACCCUGCGUCUACGGCGUCAAACUUAAAGUCGAGUUCCUCGUUCUAAAUAGUCUCAUCAAGAGUACCCAGUCUCGUAACGCCAGCGCCUCAUAUAACUAUUACCGAAAUACGGAAAGUCGCGAUCACACAUUGGUAGCUCAUGGGUCAGCACCAGGUGGAAAUUCGCUCGAUCAAUCUGGACAUCGACUUGGGAGUCAGAGACAUGUCGAUGAUAUUGAUUUAGAACCGAUAGAUAGGAGAUGCGCGAUUCAGGGCUCGGUUUCUAAUGCUAGUAGUGGUGAGGUGGAUGCUAGGUUAAGUCCCAUUUGUUAA